AUGGAGGAGCCCUCGCUGGAGGCUCUCAUGCAGGCGGGCUUCAUCUUCGUGGUCGGCGUCGCCAUCAUCCUCUCGAAUCUCCUCAUCAUCGCCACCUACCUUAAUUUCCGUGGUCCCUCCGAGGUGAUAAACUAUUACUUGCUAUCUCUCGCAUCGGCGGACCUUCUUUGCGGUCUGCUAGUGGUUCCGCUCUCGGUGUACCCGGCGCUUGUACGAAGAUGGGUCUAUGGGGACAUCGUGUGUCGUCUCGUUGGUUAUUUGGAAGUUACUCUCUGGGCGGUAUCCGUCUACACUUUCAUGUGGAUCUCCGUGGAUCGUUACUUGGCCAUCAGAAAACCAUUGCGUUACGAGACCGUGCAAACGAAAACGCGAUGCCAAUGCUGGAUGGUGUUCACGUGGAUCAGCGUGGCGAUGAUGUGUUGCCCGCCUCUACUCGGUUUCCAAAAGCCGAUUUUCGAUCGCGAGGCGUUCAUCUGUAUGCUCGACUGGGGCAACAUGGCCGCGUACACAAUCACACUGUCGAUCCUCGUGCUGGGCCCGUCGGUCAUCACCAUCAUCUACACUUACUGCUACAUCUUCACAAUGAUGAGGCGAUUACGGUCCGGUGUACUGAUCCACGACAAAGAGUACGCGACAGCGCUCUCGGAGAACUUGAGCAACCCGAGUCACAUCAUGUCUUUUGUCCUGGUGAUGACGUUCUGGUUGUCCUGGGCACCGAUGGCCGGUCUACGGAUAUACGCUGUCGUUAACGGACCACCUCAGGUACCGUUUCUUCACUUUGCGGUGGUGUGGCUAGGAGUGACGAACAGUUUCUGGAAAGCGGUGGUCCUCGCAACCCUGAGUCCCCAGUUUCGGUUGGCAGCUCGUGUUCUCUGUCUGACGCUCUGCUGCCGGCAUAGACGACUUCCACCGGAGCUGCUCGGCCUCGACGACGACGAUUAAGAAGCCAAACAAAGAAAAAAAAGCAACAACUAAACAAGCAAAAAAAAAAAUUAACCCGCCUACCGAGAACCGGAGGAAAAAACUCUUUUCCAUUGCGCGCGCGAGCGUUUACUACACGCGCCUCUCAUUCCUAGAGCAUUCGCUUUUUAUCUCGGUUCGAGGUCGUCACUAGCAUCCGCCGCCGCCGUUCCUCUUGGAUUCUUCUUCGAGGGGCUGAGACUGAGAUUCUUUGUUCUGAAACAAACCCGCUACGAACACGACGUUCCGCUUUCUUGGCUGUGUUACACAUGACUAUCAACCGGAUCGAUCGCCAUCGCAAUGUGAAACGAGGUAAAGAAAAAAAACAGUUCCAAGAGAAACACGAUGCGUGAGGGCCGAUAUCUAUUUGUCGCGUAUCCUCGUAUCGUAUCACUGUUGCUGCGUAUCGACGGGUACGAUCGGUCAUUUGUCAGUUGUUUCGACAUUACAUCAAUGGAAAGACAUGAGAUUUGGCGGAGCCAGUGUGGACGGACAGCGUU